AUGGGCUGGCGCGUUGUGGAGAGGAAUCCAACAAUCAACAUUCCAGCUAUGUUCCCUAGGCUCGGUGAUGAUAAGGAAAUAAGGCGCCAGUUGGAGACUAACCUGGGCCUAGAUUCGGCUGUUGUAACGAACACGGAUGACGAUGUGCAAGGGGAACUAGAAGCCCUUGAAGGGGAAUCUGAUCAGCGUCAACGCAGACGUAUAGGUGUAGGCUUUAAGCCGGAGAAGGUGCGUGUCUUUUCCGCCGAGGAGUCAAAACUCAAGGAGGUUAUAAAGGGGAAACAGAGCGCCUCCAAGUCAAAGCGUCUCAAGACGGCCGUGAAGCAGGCUUCCAAGCCAGCUGAUGACGAGGACGAUGAACCGUCGAGACUCGAUCUGAUCUUGUCGGCGUCGAGCAAUCUGAAAGCCGAACGCCGAAAGCUUCGCGCCAAGCGUCUCGGCAAGGUAUAA